AUGUCCAGAGUGGAGGUGUUCAGAGACGCCAACCUUCGCUCUCUGCUGCGCGAGCUGCGUACUGACAUAGCGAUGGCGGUGGAUGACCCUUUUCCUAUUGUGUAUGGCUUGGCAGACAAAAACAUAAUCACAGAACAACAGUUGCAGGAUACUCUUAAGAAGGAAGGGAGCGAGGGGAUUCACAAAGCCAUGUACUCCCUUCUUUCGUGGCUGUUGGAGCAGAGCAGGUCAACUCUCCAGGCUUUCUGGAGCAACCUGUCCAAGGACUACAACAUGGACAGCUACCCCAAGCUAAAGGCGCUUCUCGCUAACCUGAAUAAUAGACCAAAUGCUCCACGUUCCAAAGCUGAAAACAGAUCUUAUGGAGGAGUAAAAGUUUCUCACAGCAAGAAGAGGAGCCAUGAGGACAAGGGAACAAAUGUUCAGCAUUCAGAGUAUCAUGCUAAGACAAGCGAUGGAACAGUGAGUAAAGUCAAGUUGUACAGAGUGAAGAGCGAAGCGCGAGCACUGCAACUACCUUCUGGAAACAGUCUGCAGAUGGUAUCUUCCUCCAGUCAAAGAGGCACAGCUCUUUCCUCUUCUUCAUCUUCCUCCUCUUCGGAUCUUCAAUUCUGCCAGGAUAAAAAAGAAAACAUACAAAUCAAACAGGAGUGUACUGCACUGGAUGGCUCCAUCCGAAAGUGCAUCAAAGGUGCUGAAGGUUUUCACUCGUACAGUUUAGCAGAGAAGUCCCACGAAAAGUCUGCGAGUGCCAGGUUUACCCACCAGGGGGAGGCAAACACAAUAACAAUACACUCUAAUGAUGAUGAGUGCGCGCUGUGUAAGGAUGGAGGGGAGUUGAUUUGCUGUGACGGUUGUCCUCGAGCCUUUCAUCUGACCUGCCUCAACCCUCCACUCACUUCCAUACCCAGUGGCUCUUGGCAGUGUGAGUGGUGCUAUGGGCUUAGAGUGAAACAAGAAAAUGCUCUCCAGCUUGUCCAGGUUCUCCCCACUCAGCCUCAGCAAACCAGCAUAAACACCACCAACUCCAUCUUAGACAACUCUUUCUACCCCACUUUAUCAUCCUCCCUCACGAGUGUCACGGCCUCUAUCAAAGCAUCGAAUGGCAAACACCAGUGCUCAGGUGGAGAGAUGGUGUCCCUGAGGGAGGUGUGCGGCGUCUGUCACCUUGGAGGAGAUCUGACUCACUGCCUUCAGUGUUUAAAGCAUUUUCAUGCACAUUGCCACUUUUCCAAGGGAAGAUCUGUCUGCUUGUCCUGUUCUAGACCAUGGGGCAACUCUGCAGAGAAAGAAACUGAGCCCAGAGGCAUGCAGCUUGCACCUUCAGUCCAGAACUCAUUCAGUCAAGAUCAGAGCACUUCCUUCUCUGAACCAGUCGUCAAUAAGGAUGAACUGGACUCCAUCUUGGGAGAUCAGAACUCAAUUGACGGCCUGUUGCAGUGGGCCUUCCACAACAUCUCUAGACCGCUUCCAGACUCUCAGGGAUGCUACAAGUGAAACACAAUUAUGCACUCUGAGUUUUAAAAACAGGAAUGAUAAAUUGACCCCCGGAUGAUUGAAUUCAGACAGCAUAGUCACUCAAAAGUUACAGUCUCUCUCCCACUUUAAUAUGGAAAUAAAUGUUAGAAUUGGCAGUUUAAUUUUAAAUUGUUUAAUAAUUUUUGCCCCUCCCACUUUUCUCUGUGUGUUUUCUAUACUUGUCCCAAUGAUCCCUGAUUAUAUGACCUUUGAAAAAACUUUGAACCUUAGCAAAUUUUUGUCAUCUUACCAGAAACCUGAAUGCAUUUAAAAGAAUCUGGUGUGACUUAGUAUUGCAGAAUCGUGAAGUGGAAGUAAGAUAUUUGCAAAGUGUCUCAGAUCAGACACUCCAAUUGGAUGGAGAAGACCUUUGAAAAUAAGCUUUCAAAGUUUUCUAGAGACCCAGUUUGAUUUAUUUUUGGAUUUUGACUCUGCCACUUAAACACA